AUGCGCGGUGGUACGAGUACCGACGAACACCCUGGUGAGCCAAGGCGGAGCAAGCGCCAACGAAUCGACCUCACAUCAGAAGAAGGCUUUGAUCGACACGAGCUUGAACGUGCAUUGCGACAAAGUUUGGAGGAAGAACGUUUGAGAGAAAAAGAGAAACCAAAGAAAGCUGCAAAACCAAAGGCUGAGAAGCUGAAACCAGCCGCUCGUCCACCUGUGAAAAAGAGAAAAGCCAAAGAAUCCGAAUCAGAAGCUCACAAU